AUGAGGACGCUCUGGACGCAGAAGGGACUGAGAAUCGAGAAACUGAAGCACGAGAACCCAACCUGUGUGAGUGUUGGGGUGGUCCAUUCUGCGGAGACGUGUCCCCGACCCUGUGCUCCAGAGGAGGGGCUCCAGCCUCCAUCUCCAUCCUACUCCACCACACCGUCCCACUACUCCGACCGCCACCUGCCCCGCCACCACACAGCCCCACCACCAACCACCAAACACCACCAACCGCCAACCGCCGACCACCCAAACACCACCAACCGCCGACCACCCAAACACCACACAGCCCCACCACCAAAAACCCAAACACCACCAACCGCCGAGCACCCAAACACCACACAGCCCCACCACCAACCACCCAAACACCACCAACCGCCAACCGCCGACCACCCAAACACCACCCAGCCCCACCACCAACCACCCAAACACCACCAACCGCUGACCGCCCAAACACCACACAGCCCCACCACAACCACCCAACACCACCAACCGCCGACCGCCGACCACCCAAACACCACACAGCCCCACCACCAACCACCCAAACACCACCAACCGCCGACCACCCAAACACCACACAGCCCCACCGCCAAAAACCCAAACACCACCAACCGCCGACCGCCGACCACCCAAACACCACACAGCCCCAUGGUUGGCCACCAAAACGCCAACAGCCCUAUGCCAACCACCCAACCGCCAACAGUUCCACCACCAACCGCCAACAGUUCCACCACCAACCGCCAACAGUUCCACCACCAACCACCAACCGCCCCACUGCCCUAUCACCAACAGACGGCCGCCAACCACCCAACUGCUAACAGCCCCACUGUCGACCACCAACAGCCAACAGCCCCACCGCCGACCGCCAGGCUCUGA